CGGGUCCCUCUCACGAGUCACGGCGUAGAGUUCAUCCCCUUCCUUGGUAUUGGUUCCUAUGCAGGGGCAGUCCCCUGUUCAAACCGUCGAAUCGGAAGCCGAGGCCAGCAUGAAUCCAACCAGGAGAGGAUAGCAAAUCCGGAGCGGGAGCAGCAGUAGCAGAUCGAUCCGGUAAUGGAGGCAGCGGCAAGGGGGGAUGGCGACGACCCCCUCAUCCCCGUCCGCCCCGCGUGGUGGCACCGUAACCGGGGCUUCGUACGGAGUCGCGCGGCGACGCUGAGCAGGCGACCCGCCGCCGAGGCGGAGCGUGGCAGAGAGCCGGCCUCCAAGAAGUCCAUGGCGGACCUGCUCGUGCCGCCGGCGGCGGAGGUGCGGGAUCUGGAUUGCGCGGUCUGCCUUGAGGACCUGGUGGCCGGAGGCAGGAAGCUCAGGAAGAUGGGCUGCUCCCACUCCUUCCACCAGCGCUGCAUCUUCCGCUGGCUGCACGUCAGCCGGCUCUGCCCGGUGUGCCGCUUCCCGAUGCCCUCCCGGCCCGACGGCGAGCACGUCGGCGACGAGGUGGAGCGGGAGCUCGCGGCUGAGGAGGAAGAUGCUGCUGAUGAGGAAAAGGUUGCAUCAACUGAAGAAGGUUCAUCAGCGACUGAAGAACGUUCGGAAGGUUCAUCGAGUGAGUGAACUAAGCUAAUGAUUCAUCUGAUUAGCGAUGAUGGUGAGUAAUGAUUUUAGUCAGAUUCGAAAUGGCUCUCCUUUCUUACUGCAUAUGAAUAUUUGUUUAGCGGCUCUUUUACAAGCAGUACUACAACCAGAAGCUAGCAAAGAUGUCAUUUUUCUUUA